UAUUCACAUAAAUAGAUAGAGAUAAGCAUGCGUAGGUUAGGCGGCGGCACCACCAUCAAGGCUGGCGCCGGUGGUGGCGGUGCAAAGACAGGAGGAACGGCCAACAACUUUAACAAAAAGCUGCGGCCUACUUCUCCCAACACCUCUCUAACUCUUUCAUCUCCAUCAACGCUGAGUAUUCCGCCACCGCAAGCUGUUUCUGCGGCGGAGUGGGAGUAUGUUACUUGGACGGAAGAUGAGACGGCGGCGCGUGGUUUCUACGAUGAUUAUGUGUUUCAAUCUGUUCCAUCUGCUGAUGAAGUUCAUCAUGCUGUUUCUGCACUUCAACUGGCCCUUGGUUCCAGCUCGCCAACACAGGAAUGUGAUGAAAUUGAGUGGUUUGAGCCCUCACACAACCACUACUCGACCAAAGAGAUGCAGCGUUGUCCGAGAAACGAUGUGGUGAAUGAUGCCUUCCAUUUAUUGGAGACUGAGCCUUGUGUGCAGAGGAUGGUUGUUUCCUUAUCAUCUGAUAAGGCCGUCUGGGACGCGGUCAUGAACAACGAGGUGGUGAAGGAGCUUCGAGGAUCAAUGCAUCGAGGUUCGUCUACUCUUGCUACUUCAGGAUGUGAUGAGUCUUUUUUUGCUUUGUGUUGGCGAGUAGCAUGUUAUCGUUCUCUUUUGGUUUUAGUAAGUAGCUUGGUGUCGGAGAGCUCAGACGGCCCGAGUGGAGACGAAGACGGAAACAUGAUCAGUUGGGUUGUCAAGUUUGCCAAGGCCAAAAUCAUGCAAGUGAUGGACCUCAUCACAAAGCUUGUGGGUAAUGUUUUUCAGGGGGACAAGAAAGGAGAUAAUGGGUUGGAUGAGAAAGUGAAGAGCUCGUUGUUGCUAUCGAUCCUGGUGCUAGCCGUGGUAAUCCUGGCUCGAGCCAAGACCGGCUAAGCCUGAUCACAAUUUGCUGACUUGACUCCUGUCUCAACCCACAAACUUGUUUUUCAGUUUGUCUAGAUAUUGCAUCUUUUCUCAUUUGAUAUUGUUUUGGGGCUAUAUUUAGUGUUGGAAGAGGAAAUAAAAAGCUUGAUCUUAUUUUUAAAA